AACCCCCUUUGUCCUUUUGUUCCCCCCAAACAAUAGACUCCCCUUUGUUUUUAGGCCCCGUGUAGACAGUAUACUACUUCUGUGAACUAAUGAGAUAUCUGCAAUUAAUCCAGCAUUCAAACGAUUUAACUAAUAUCUUUGUUGGGUUAUGCAAUCGGGCGUUUCGGCAAAGUGUACAAAGAGGCAUGUUUCUCCUUCCGUGUGGACAUGAGAGGGUACUUCUGAGGUAGAGAGUCCAUAUGAGAUAUGAAAGCCACGAUGAGGAGAAAGAUGCGUCUUGUUUCUUAUGACAGAAGAUAUUAGGCUUGCUUGUAUCGAAGAUGCCGCGUUUUCUGCAGAAUGUCUUCUUGGUCUGUGUGAUUCUAACAUUUCUGGCUAUGUACUUGUUCAACUCAGCACAACGAUCACAAAACCCAAUACAAGGUGACCUGAAUAGGACUUCUAACAAAGAGUCUUCUGGUGUUAGGACCACUCGCAAGCCUAGUCAUACAACCACUCAUAAUCUGAUACUUAGGGACUUGAAUAGGACUUCCAACAAAGAAAUCAGAACUAUUAUCAAGUCUGGAGGAAAGCUAGUAUUUCCACAUUUGCCAUACAUCAGGAAUCCGUCAAAAAUAUGUGAUACAUUUAGGACGUUAAAUAGAACUAAACUUUUAGUGUUGGUCAAGUCUUCGCCGGAUAAUUUUCAUCUAAGGAAUUGGAUACGCUUUCAAAAUAAAAAAGAUAACGAGUUUAAGGAUUCUAUCAAAACCGUAUUUCUAUUAGGAGAGUCUUCGUCCAGUGAAGAGAAUAUCAAAAGAGAAAGUCAAAAGUUCGGUGAUAUUGUCCAGGGAAGCUUCAUGGAUACUUAUCGGAAUCUCACGUACAAAACCGUAAUGGGAUAUAGAUGGUUAAGUGAACACUGUUCACACGCAGAUUUUGUUCUUUAUAAGGACGACGACUUUAAGAUAAAUCGUAGAAACAUUAUGCAUAAAUUGAAAUCUCCAAAAAACCCAGACUCUUUUUUCGCUGGUUUUCUCGUUAAGAACGGGAAGGGAAUAUACCGCGAUCCAAAACAUAAAUGGUAUUUAUCAAAGAAAGACUAUCCAAAGGACACUCUUCCGCCGUAUUUUCCGGGUGGUGCGUACAUUGUAAGCACAGUCAUUGCCAAAAAGUUGGCAUCCAAUUUUCAUUUGGUGAAAUGGAUACCAAUAGACGACGUAUACAUUGGACUCGUGGCACAAACUCUAGAUAUAACUUUGACACACUCAAAAUUAUUUGGCAUGGGAGAUUGCAAACAUUACAAAAUUCAUCUAGCUUGCAGAGAGUUUACUAGGCCUGAUGAGGUCCUAGCGGCAUGGAAGACCUUAACCAUGUUCAAUCUUUAGCAAAGAAAAUCGUGACAUAAACCUGGCAGAGCAAAUAUUUUGAUUAUAUAUUGUAUUACUUGUACCGGUGUUGUAUUGUGCCACUAUCCCCUGGCC